AUUUCUAAAUUUGAGCAUGGCUAAUCCAGUCCACUCACUUGCAAUAGUGACCUCUCACCGCUCAACACUACUUGAGCUCGCUCACCGACCCAGUGAUUGUAGCAUGCUCACUUCCAACCACUGAGUAGCCUUGUUGAAGUUCUGGUUCGUCUACGGCACUGCCAGUGGCAAACAAUGACACUUCAAUGGAUCAGCGAUGGAUGGUGGUAUAUGAAGCGCGAAGGCAAUAGUUAUGCAUCCACCAAUAUCAAGCAUGAAAAGAUCACUCAUGUUAUGAAAUUUCCAGGACUCACGUUCGGACGAGAGGUGGAACUGAUCUGGAGGCAACGGUGGUCCAUGAUGACCGUUCUGUAUCUCGUUGCACGGUAUCUUGGAAUAGGAUUCGCUGUGUAUGUUUCAACGUUUAAGCCGUUGGUGUUGCGCUCAUUACCUAUCUCUCACCAUCAGGAUCGCCAUGUUGAUGAGUAUUCCGCACCGAUGCCUUCUAUUCCUGUACGAAUAACUGAACUACCAUGCAGAGAACUUCAAUAUAACGACUCCCACAGUUGCCUUAUCUUAGACGACACACUUAAUUGGACGGGUAACGUUGCAGAUGCAAUACUGGGCGUUAUCAUGAUCGUUCGGUUACAUGCUAUGUAUCAGCGAUCUGGAAAGGUGCUGAUAUUUCUCGUUGUCAUCUUUCUGGCCAUUAGAAUCGCCAACGUAGUGAUGGUCGCAAUGAUAAUGACGCAAGUUUCAGUACCAGAGGAAUUCAUUCUCUACGGCACCUAUCAGUGCAACAUUGUCUAUACAGGAGAUUCCCUAUUUCUAACUUCCACGACUUGGAUACUUGGCACUAUAUGGGAGGUCCUUGCACUGUGUCUAGCGGUCUGUAUUGCUGUAAAGCACUUCCGUGAACUGCGAAGACACUCAACAGGAGGUAUUAUGGAGGACUGUUUUACGGUGUUAAUGCAAACUCACAUCAGUUUAUUAUCUCCAACGCUCUUAGCGGAUCAAAUGUCCCAGGGUGUUCAGAUUUAUCUUGGUUUCGCUCAAAUCGCCUACAUGGUGCAGCUGUCUGUGCUGGGACCACGCUUCAUCCUUAGCGUUCGAGAAUAUCAUGCAAAACUCGUGGCCGACUCCGAUACAGCAACCGCUAUGACUUCAAUUGCUUUCGAGGAACGCGUCCAUGUGGAAACCAACAGUAGCGUUUAACGCAGGACAUUCUCAAUAUGCGAUGGGCGGGUACCAGGUAG